AUGGCAAAACGCUUGACGGUACGAGAAUUGCAGCUGCACGCCUCGUCAGAGAGCUGCUGGAUUGCUUUGUGCGGUCGGGUUUACGAUAUAACGGGAUUUCUGGGCCACCAUCCAGGCGGUUCGUCAAUUCUGUUGAAUCUCGCGGGUCAGGAUGCGACAAAGGAAUAUGACCUGGUCCAUCCGCCGGGUCUUGUAGACGAACAUCUUUCCUCAUCCUUCCUUGGGCUGCUCGAGAUCGACCCUCCAGCCGCAGGAGACGAGACUCUUGAGCCGGAAAGAAGCACAUCUGCAGGAACCAUCUCGGUAAAGCAGGCCCUCAACCUUCAUGAAAUUGAAGCAUUGGCGAAAGAGAGAUUGCCCCAUAAGGCUUGGGCAUACUAUGUCUCCGCCGCAGAUGACAACCUGAGCAAGACUCGGAACAACUCAGUCUAUCAAUCAAUACUUCUUCGGCCGCGGGUGUUCGUCGACUGCACUGCAUGCAACCCGAGCACUACGGUUCUCGGUCAUCACUUAGGCAUGCCGAUCUACGCGUCUCCAGCCGCAAAGGCUCGAAUGGCUCAUCCCUCGGGCGAAGCUGGAAUUGCCACUGCAUGUGCGAAGUUCGGUGCUCUGCAGAUCAUUUCGCAUAACGCAUCGAUGGACCUGGUUGACAUAGUACGAGGCGCGCCAAAGGAUCAAGUUUUCGGCUGGCAACUGUAUUGUCUCAACGACGUUCGACAAAGUGAGCGGAGAAUUCAGAAGGUCAAUCAAAUCAAGCAGAUCAAAUUUAUCGUUCUGACCCUUGAUGCGCCUUUCCCGGGGAAGCGCGAAGUCGAGCUGCGGUCUACGAUGGACUUCUCGCGGUCGAAUGCGCCGCCUCAGGUCUGGGGAACAGAUGCCUCGCUGGCAUGGGAGAAGACUCUGCCGUGGCUGCGCAAGCAUACCGAUCUCCCGAUUGUUCUUAAAGGCAUACAGACGUACGAAGACGCUGUUCUGGCAGCGCGAUACGCCCCGACUGUUUCCGGGAUCAUCAUCUCGAACCACGGUGGACGAGCGCUGGACACUGCCCCGAGUCCUAUCGAGACCUUACUCGAGAUCCACCAUCACUGUCCCGAAGUCUUUCCGAGGUUGGAUGUCAUGGUGGACGGGGGCAUCAAGCGAGGAACGGACGUCGUCAAGGCCCUUGCUCUGGGUGCCAAAGCUGUCGGCAUUGGUCGGGCGCCUCUCUGGGGACUGGCCGCUGGUGGACCGGCGGGCGUGGAGAGGGUGUUGGAAAUUUUGUCCGAAGAAACGGCGACGGCAAUGCGGUUGCUAGGAGUGUCGAAUGUGAAGCAGCUCUCCAGGCAGCAUGUGAACACGCGCGCUCUAGAGUCGGGAAUCUUCACGAGUGCAUGGGAUAAGGGCGAACGGGUGGAAUCCAAAUUGUAG